CGGGGGAAACCAGAGAGCGAGCGAAAGAAGGAUAGCCAGCCAGCGGCGAGAGAAGAAAAUGGCGAUCACGCAGGAUGAAUGCCUCCCCUCGUAGAUGCUGCAAACGCGUUGAAUUUCUUUAGCCUUACAGUCGGCUUUCCUUUCCACUCUGUUGCACUUUAUACUUCAAUGAGAGAUUCGGAAUUGGAAGCUGUUGCCACAAAGAAACUGAAGCAUCUUAACAGGGAACACGCCCACAGAGGGAAGAACAGUGGAUGGAAGAGAGAGAGAGACGCAGAGUGUGAAAAGGAAGGAGAACAAGGUACAGGACUGGACAAAAGUUCCAGAGCAUACCAAGUCAAGACAGAGUCCUUAUUCUACACCACCUCCCCCCCUUUUCCCCUCCCCACACAUAACACACACCCACGCACACCUACACGCGCACACACACACAAACACAUACAGAUCUCAGCGAUGCCAAGGGGGGCUGAUCAGCCUGCUGCCCGCUCUGACAAGCCCUGCCUCUUCACCUCAGACCCUUGAGGCUGUGCUCUCUGAGCUUUGACGUUUGACCUCCCCUGUUUUGACCUGGGAACCAGAGGUCACCUGUUCUCCACUCAGCCCGGGGACGCCCUCCUGCCCAGCCAGGUGUCACAGCCACCAGCGGCACUCAUAGGCAUGGCUCCCAUUCGGGAUUCCGUCAGCCACUCCCCUAAUCAAACAGGUCUGGAUCAUCCCGGCUUGGACUCGCAGUAUGAGCCUUCCCCCUGGUCAUCUGGCUCUCCCUGCAGCAGUGACAGCAACAGCAACUGGGGCAAAGCCCUAGUGGACGGAAGCACCGACACACCCAAUAACUGUUCUUCAACCAGCUCUUCUGUCUGGCCUCCCUCUUCCUCUUCUUUUUCUUGCUCCUCCUCUUCUUCCUCUUCUGGCUGUGGGUCAGGAUCAGACCCCGAGUCGGCAUCAGAAUGCAUGGAUGCAGAUUCUAGCUCCUCAAUCGGCUCAGAGAGAAAUCUUGCUGCUGUUGCUGCUACAACAGUGAUGAUGAUGUCAGCAAAUGCUUCUGCAUCUUCUACAGCUUCUUCCCCCACCUCUUCUUUGGGGAGUUCUGCCAUGAUGGUCAGUGUUUCUUUAAAUGGAGACGGCAACAGUCAUCAGGUGGUUGGCACAGGUUUGGAAACCAUCAGCAGUGCAAAUAAUGGAACUAACAUGUCUGAGCCCUCACAGUACUCCAUGGCUGGGUCCAACAGUAUUGGCAGCAAUAACAUGAGCAACCACAACAAGCUUGUCAAUAACAGUGGUGUAUGGGGUACCCCUUCAGGCAGCAGUGUGAUGCCCACUGGUGGAAGCACCCCCUGCAUCAAUGGAGGGUUAAACCCAAACACUUUAAACCCAAAUGCCAACCAUGGUGCCUGGCCACAAAAUUCAAUCCCAAACCCAGCAUCCCAUGGCCAACGGCCUUCACAGCCUCAGGGGAUGAGUUCCAAACUGGGUAUGGCUCCCCAACAGGGCCCCUUGUUGGGCUGGGGUGGCAUGGCAGCUUCGGACAACAGCAGUAUGAUGGAAGACACAGAGGUGAAUAAUGGUACAUCAAGCAGCAACAGUGGAAAUGGUGGCCUAAAGCCUACCAACCUUAACACUGAAUCCAAUGGACCAAAUAACACUAUCACAAUAAAUACUACUACUACUACUACUAAUGCCACAAUGACCUCUAGUCCACCAAACUCUACCGCCUCACCCCAACUCAGCGGGGAUUGUUCCUGGGGUUCCAUUGGAGGAGGGAACGGGGGUCCGCUGGCCAAUGGAAACCCCUUAUCAGCCCCCCAGCACCCCCAAGGAGAACAGGUGGGUAAUGGGGCCUUCGGUACGCCUUGGGGCGCAGCUACCUACCCUGUAGACAAGGGCCCCCCAAAUGCAGACACUGUGAACUCCCAAACCCCCUCUACUGCUGCUUAUAAGAGUAAUAAUAACCACAAUAACACUGGGGCCCUACGCUGGGACCAGGGGCCCACCAACACCCCAAACCAGCUUCAGAGCAACUUGUCCUGCAGUAUUGGCUCAAAUCAAAUCCCAGGCUCUGCAGGCCAAACAUCAGGAAAUGGGAACCAAACUACGAUGGGCCCUCCAGCAGCAAUACCUCGCCCCUGGGGGAGCAGUGCGUCCUCGUCUUCAUUGUCUUCUUCCACAACCCCUAGUAACAACCCUUCAGAUGCUGGAAGUCAUAAAGGAAGUUCAUCUAACAAUGGCUGGAAGAGCCUAGAGGAUGAUGCCAUGGGCAUGGGAGGAGCAGUGGGAGGCAGUGGAAGCCAUGGCUUGGGGAGUGUUGCUGGAGGCUGGGGUCGCUCUGGAGGAAGUGAGGGAAGCGCCGAGAGCUCCGGAGGCCGUUCCAGCUCAGACAGAGACAGCAUCCAAACAAAAGGGGGAAGAAGCAGAAAAAGUCCCAAUCCUACAGCAGUGCUUUCACUUCUGAUUCGGGCCGAAGUAGACCCACGAGUACUGUCCAACACUGGGUGGGGACAGACGCCCAUACGGCAGAACACUGCCUGGGAUGUCAAUUCUCCUAACAAUCAGCACCAGGGUGCCAGAGGAGAUGAAAGAAAGCUUAGUAGCGGAAACUCCAGCUGGGGCAAAACACCGUCAGCUCCCUCCCAGACCUCUGGAGGCUGGGGGGGUGGGCCAGGCAGCUCAGGCAGCUCAGCCAUAGAUACUGGAAGUUCUGGUUGGGGUGAGCAGAAACCAACUUCUGGUUGGGACAGCAAAGGCCCACUGAAUGGAGGAGGUGGGCAGAGUGGCUGGGAUGAUGGAGCCAGCUGCAAGGGUAGUAACAGUAGCAACACCUGGAGCAACAACAUUAACAAAGAUGACAGAUCCAGUACCUGGACUAAUGCCUCCAAACCACAGCAGGGCUGGGGUUCCAACAGUGGAAAUGCAAGUGACACUUGGGGUGGCAGUGGAGAUGCUACCAGAGCAAGUUCCAGCAACCACUGGGGAGAGCCCCAAAAAAAUGCAAGUUCAGUAGGCUGGGACAGUGACAGUGACCGGUCUGGUUCUGGAUGUUGGAGCGAGCCGAGCCGAACCAACACCAGCAGCAGUAAUACCUGGGUGGGAAGCGGAGGAUCAAAUACUCCAGACGUGAGCACUCCAAAUCCAGGCUCCACUUGGGGAGACCCAGUCCUCAAACCCAGUCCUCAGAGUACCACUCAGGGCUGGGCUGAAACACCGAAGAACAACAGUGGAGCCCAGAACUGGGGUGAGCCAAAUCCUAAGUCCUCUAAUGAGUGGGGAAAAGGUCCUGAAUCCAACAUGUCCAGAGUCAACCAAGGUCUGAACAAGCCCACAGGCUGGCUGGGAGGCCCUAUGCCUACAGUAGGUCAGAAGGAGGAAGUGACAACUGGGUGGGAAGAACCUUCUCCAGAAUCCAUCCGCCGGAAGAUGGAGAUAGAUGAUGGAACUGCAGCUUGGGGAGACCCUGGCAAAUACAGUGGUGGGUCUGUCAACAUGUGGAACAGGACUGCUCAGCCUGACCAGGAGGCCAUGGGCCCAUCCCCUCAGCACCAGUCCCACCCAGCCCACAGCUCAAUGCAGCAUCUUAACCAGGACAAAAGCUGCAGUUCUGGUUGGGGUGAGCCAUACACCCCGCAGAAGGAGCCCUCAUCAUGGGGAGACCCCAGUGCUGCUCCGCCUGUGACUGUGGACAACGGGACAUCUGCUUGGGGAAAGCCCAAUGACAGCAGCUACAGUUGGAAUGACAGCAGGGAUAGCAGAGAGUCUGGGUCUGGAUGGGGCAGUCAGCAUAAGUCUGCCCCAGGUCCCAAGCGUAUGGAUACAUGGUGUGGUGAGGAGGUGGGAAAUAGCUGGGACCAGGAAGAGGAAGUGGAGAUUGGCAUGUGGAGCAACAGUCAACAAGACAGCAGACCCCAUGACCAAAGCACCUGGAACUACAAGCAUAAAAGCUCAACUAAGAUGAACAAACCAGUCAACAAACAGGAAGAUCCCUGGAUGAAACCUUUCAUCAACCAGUUCAACAGCAUGAACUUCUCUAGGGACUCCGCUGAUGACUCCAUUAAGACUGGAGCAGGGAUCAUGCAGGACAAGCGUAUGGACAUAGGCAGUGUUGGGGACUUUAAUGGAGUUAUGGGCAAGAAUCCUGGGUCCCGACACCAGCUCCACAAGGAGUCCACCAUGGAUCGCAGUCCUUACUAUGACAAGAAUGUAAACCCAAUGUUGGGUGGCAACACCGUAGCACAGGGCCGAGGUGGCCCCCAGUCCCAACCCCCUCCUCAACCCAAUCUUCGUAACCAAGUGCCUCCACCCAUCCUGCCCGCUCAGGUUUCUUCAUCCCUGUUGAAGUACCCGGGAGGUAAUGGCGGUCUGAACCCUCUGUUUGGCCCUCAGCAGAUGGCUGUUCUCAACCAGCUGACACAGCUCAACCAGAUCAACCAGAUCAACCAGAUCAACCAGUUACAGCGUCUUAUCCUCCAGCAGCAACAGCAGAAGGUUCAAAGCCAGAGACCCAUCCCUAUGGGACGUCAGACUGAACAGACACGUCCAGUUGGUUCGUCUCCAUCACUGAUGCAGCCACCACGACAUAUGGACCCCUCGCUGCUGAAACCGGCUGCACCCCUCAAACCGUACCUGGAUAACUACAUGUCCCACAACACCCCUGAGAUGCUGAAGGAUGCAGCUGCUCUUGGAUCCUUCAGCAACUUCCCUUUAAACUUGAAUUCUAACCUGAAUGUACCCCUGGACAUGGGUGUUGGUGGUGGAGUGAGCUAUAAAGAGCCACCCCAGUCCAGACUGAAGAAACUUUGGGCUACAGACCCUCCGGAGCAGAACAGCAAACCUGGUGCUAUGUCGUCUGGGCUGCGUCUGGAGGACUCCAUCUAUGACUUAAUUUCUCCUGGCCCCUCUCCCCUGAGUCCUCCCGGCCAAUCAAUGGGCUCGGUGGGCGAUGGCUGGCCACCUCGUGCCAACUCCCCCCCGCCCCAUGGAAACACUGUCACCUGGCCCCCAGAGUUCCGGCCCGGGGAGCCUUGGAAAGGUUACCCCAACAUUGACCCUGAGACUGACCCUUAUGUGACCCCAGGCAGUGUCAUCAACAACCUCUCCAUCAACACCGUCCGCGACACAGACCACCUCAGGGACAGGAACAACGGGCCAUCCUCAUCACUGAACACCACGAUGCCUUCUAACAGUGCCUGGUCAUCCAUUCGUGCCUCCAGCCACAGCGGUUCCCUCACCAGUACAGCACAAAGCACUUCAGCCAGACCCAGUGAGUCAAAGUGGUCUCCCGCCGGCAGUGUGUCCAACUCCUCCCUAGCUCAUGAGCUUUGGAAGGUCCCCCUGCCUCCCAAGGCGCUCUCUGUGGCAGCCCCCUCCAGACCACCACCUGGCCUCACCAGCCAGAAGCCCAACCCUCCCUCCUCUGGCUGGGAUGGCUCUGCCCUGAGGCUGGGGGGCUGGGGCUCCACUGAGUCCAGAUACACGCCUGGUUCCAGUUGGGGUGACAGCAGCAGCUCAGGGAGAACCCAAUGGCUUGUUCUGAAAAAUCUCACACCUCAGAUUGACGGCUCUACACUGAGGACCCUGUGCAUGCAGCACGGCCCUCUGAUCACAUUCCACCUCAACCUGCCACAUGGUAAUGCUGUGGUAUGCUACAGCUCCAAGGAUGAGGCCGCUAAGGCCCAAAAGAGCCUGCACAUGUGUGUUUUGGGGAACACUACUAUUCUGGCUGAGUUUGCCAGCGAGGAGGAAAUCAGCCGUUUCUUUGCACAAGGGCAGUCAUUGGCCACUCCCUCCUCUGGCUGGCAGACCAUUGGCUCUUCACAGAGCAGAAUGGAUCAGUCUCACCCCUUUCCAAGCCGCGCUUCUGAACCUAACCAGUGGAACAGCAGCGACCUCCACAGCUCCUCCCUCUGGGGUGGGCCCAACUAUUCCAGUAGCCUGUGGGGGACCCCUGGUGGCACCGAGGCAGGGAGGAUCAGCAGCCCUUCUCCAAUCACCUCCUUCCUCCCAGUAGAUCACCUGACAGGGGGCGGGGACUCCAUGUGAUCUGCCUGUCAAUCAAACAGGCUCGGUGAAGGGUCAGUAGAGAAUUCUCAAUAAUCAGCAGAAUAGAGACAAAAAUGUAGUUAUAUAAAUGCAAUGGCACUAGUUGGACUCUCUCAUUUACAAGAUAUUCAACAAAACGGGGUCUCCCCUGUGGAAAACAAGUUACGUUUCUCUCUCUGCACAUAUGUCCACUUUGUUUUAGCCCAAAAACAUAUCAGUCGGAAUACUUGAAUCAUGCAGGCCAAUUCUAUAAUGUGAACGGAUGGAUAUUUGCCUCCAGGUAGUGCUCUUUCAGACCGAAAAAAAAAAAAAAAAAAAA